UUUAUUUACGCGGCACUUCCUACUUAUAAACUGAUUGGUUUUCAUCCAAUCCAUACAUCCCUACCAUCUCGUCCAGACCCGCCGAAUCAGAUCUCGAGAAUAUCUCUCAACCGUCUGAACAUGCUCUCUGCGGAAACCACGAUCAACGCCCCUCCACACGUAGUCCGAGAAGUAUUUCUUGACUUCGAGAGGAUACCGACAUGGCACAACCAAAGACCAUUCUUCGAGUCAAUACAAGUCACAGGUCCCUCACGUUUGAAUGGCUCUGAAUGUCAGAAAGGUGACAAGAUGGCCGUCAAGAUACCAGGUAUGAAUUUCACGCCCACUGUUCAGGAGAAUGAACCAGAAAACUUUCGAUGGCUCGGAUCACUCCCAUACAUCCUCACCGGCCCACACGAUUUCUUCUUCCGCCCUGAUCCUUCUGGAGAUGCCAACAAGACAUUGUUCAGACAAGAGGAGAACUUUACCGGUCUCUUGAGCUUCAUGUUCGAUAAUCCGAAUAGCACGAGGGGCAAAGGCACGAUUGAAGGCUGGCAACGAUUCAAUGAGGAUAUUAAGAAGGAGGCAGAAAGGGUGUGGGCCGACAAGCAGGGUGCCGUUGCUUAACCCGAAGGUAACGAUACAAAAUAUUCAUCAUCGGGUAUCACUUGGUGCCUUACAUGUUGUAGUACUAUCUAAUCAGAAUAGAUGCGAGAAUAUGUAUCGAAGUACCAUCGUCGGAUCCGUCACGGGUCUGAAGGUUAUGAGGAUUUGGAAACAUUGGACUUCACGACAGACUUUGCUUAAUCAAUACCACACACUCAGUGUACAGCAUGCAUCCGCG